AUGCUUCGCGAUCACGAAAUCGACGUGGUAGUCGAUUCCUGGGUGUCACCGACUUUGAAGUCGGAGAAGAGGCGCUCGGAUUCGAAGAAAUACUGCAAAGGCAAGGUGAUCAAGUUCCGAUGCGACUUUCCCUCCACCCAACUCGACGUGAUGCAGUCGCGAGGUUGGACGCAAAUUCCAGUAGAUGGUGACACGUCUUGGCACAUUUGGUGGUGCGAAAUCAGCGACGUUCGAGCAGCUCUCGAUGGGAGACUUUGGCCUUAUCAAAAGAUCCCGCACUUCCGGAAUCACUACGAGCUCACUCGGAAGAACUACCUCUGCAGGAAUUUGAAGCGCUACAAGAAGCUCCUCUUGAAGUCGGGGAAGCAGAAGGAAGCGGAACUCUGCGACUGCAUGCCGAUUACUUUCGAGCUCCCCAACGAGUACCGAAUGCUGAUCGAGGAGUACCACAAACAAGGAGGAACUUGGAUCGUCAAGCCGGCUGCCAGAUCUCAGGGUCGAGGGAUAUUCCUCUUUCAGAAACUUAGAGACCUGGUGGACUGGAAAAAUAAACGGAAGAUCGACGCCGAGAACAUCUUCGAGACCUUCCUCGUACAGAAAUACGUGGAUGAUCCUUAUCUGUUAGCAGGAAGGAAGUUCGAUCUCCGGAUUUACGUGCUGGUGACGUCAUUCCAUCCACUGAAGGUUUGGCUGGCCAGAGAGGGAUUCGCGCGGCUCAGCGGGGAAUUGUUCUCCCUGGAGAAGAUCGACGAUAGCAGAGUACACCUUACCAAUAUGGCAAUUCAGCUGAGAAGAGAGCCAGGCGAGCAUCAGGAGGGUCGAAGAAGAGCGCAAGUUAAACAUGGCUGCAAAUGGGCUCUCCUCAGGGUUAGAGAGUACUUGGCUGCGAGGCACGGAGUCUCUGCGGUGGACGCGCUCCUGCAACGUGUCGCCGGUGUCAUUAUGGCGAGCCUGCAAGCCGUGCAACCGGUCAUAAUGCAGGGGAGAAACUCUUUCGAGCUGUACGGUUACGACAUCCUCCUGGACGAGAGCCUGACGCCCUGGCUGCUGGAGGUGAACGCCUCGCCGUCCCUGACCGCCACCGACGAGGAAGACUACAGGCUGAAGUUCGACGUUCUGGAUGACGUCUUCAACGUCCUGGACCUGGAGGGUCGUCUCGUAGGUUCCGAGACCAGAGUAGGUGGGUUCGAUCUCCUGUGGGACGACGGUCCCGUCUGGACGAUGUGUCCUAACCCUUUAUCGUGUGGGGCCAAGUCCUCCGACUGCCCCGACACCCUGAAGAGGCUCAACAUCUUCCUCGGGGCGCGCAACGAUCGUCAUGAGCAAUUAAGCCUACUACACCGGGACAGGGACCAACGGAAAUAG